AUGGCGUCCAGCAGUAGCGCGACCAGCGAGGAGGAGCGCAGCCUGCGGGAGUGUGAGCUCUACGCGCAGAAGCACAACAUCCAGGCGCUGCUCAAGGACUCCAUCGUGCAGCUGUGCACCGCCCGGCCUGAGAAACCCGUGUCCUUCCUCAGGGAGUACUUCGAGAAGCUGGAGAAGGAGGAGGCCCGCCGCACCCAGAAUGUGCAGAAAGCGGGCGCCUUCAAAGAGGCCAGGGAGGAGGAAGCCCCUCGGCCCCCCGAUCCCGGGGUCAAGUGUCGGCGGCGACGGGGCGCCAUCAGCGCUGAAGUCUACACGGAGGAAGACGCCGUGACUUACGUUAGGAAGGUUAUACCGAAAGAUUAUAAGACGCUGGCUGCUCUAGCCAAAGCCAUUGAAAAGAAUGUGCUGUUUUCCCAUCUUGAUGAUAAUGAGAGAAGCGAUAUUUUCUAUGCCAUGUUUCCAGUCUCUUUUAUUGCUGGAGAGACUGUCAUUCAGCAAGGCGAUGAAGGGGAUAAAUUCUACGUGAUUGAUCAGGGAGAGAUGGAUGUCUACAUCAACAAUGAGUGGGCAACCAGUAUGGGGGAAGGAGGGAGCUUUGGAGAACUCGCUUUGAUUUAUGGAACACCUGGAGCGGCCACUGUCAAAGCAAAGACAAAUGGGAAACUCUGGGGUAUUGACCGAGACAGCUAUAGAAGAAUCCUUAUGGGAAGCACCCUGAGAAAGCGGAAGAUGUAUGAAGAGUUCCUUAGCAAAGUGUCUAUUUUGGAGUCGUUGGACAAGUGGGAACGUCUCACUGUAGCUGAUGCAUUGGAACCAGUCCAGUUUGAAGACAGGCAGAAGAUCAUGGUGCAGGGAGAACCAGGGGAUGAGUUCUUCAUUAUUUUAGAGGGCUCAGCUGCUGUGCUACAACGUCGGCCAGAAAAUGAAGAGUUUGUCGAAGUGGGAAGAUUGGGGCCUUCUGAUUAUUUUGGUGAGAUUGCACUGCUGAUGAAUCGCCCCCGUGCUGCCACAGUGGUUGCACGCGGCCCCUUGAAGUGUUUGAAGCUGGAUCGACCUCGGUUUGAACGUGUCCUCGGCCCAUGUGCAGACAUCCUCAAAAGAAACAUCCGGCAGUACAACAUUUUCAUGUCCCUGUCUGUCUGA